GUCACAUCUAUCAACUAAUCAAGCUUCUGUCACUCACAAAUGCAUAAAAAUCAAAAUUCAAGUUUUCCCAUUUAAAAAAAAUAACACAAGAAAAUGAACUAAAAAAGACCCUUAUCGUAAAAACCUCAUCCGCGCAAUCAUCAAAAUUUCGAGUAAAACUAUCAUGACCCAAUGAGCAAACGGGAAAUCAUUCAGAUUCAUAUCGGACAGGCAGGGGUCCAGAUCGCGAGCGCUUGCUGGGAACUGUAUUGUCUGGAACACGGAAUUCAGGUGGACGGAAAGUUUUAUCAGGGAUACGACACCGACGACCAUAGCUCCGAUGCAUUUUUCAGUAUUUCGUCGGCGGGUAAAGCGGUGCCGAGGGUUGUCAUGAUCGAUUUAGAGCCCACACCUAUAGACGAGAUCAGGACGAAUUAUUAUAGGCAUUUGUUUCAUCCGGAAAGCUUACUUACUGGUAAAGAAGAUGCCGCAAAUAACUAUGCCAGAGGACGAUACACCAUCGGUCAUGAAAUGCUGGAUCUCGCGUUGGAUAGAACUCGACUGGCCGCCGAUGAGUGCCACUCUCUUCAAGGUUUUAUCAUCUUCAGAGCUUUUGGGGGUGGAACCGGAUCUGGAUUCACCACCUCCUUCUUGGAAGGUUUAAAAAGUGACUAUAGAAAAAAAAGCGUUUUAGAUUUCGCCGUUUAUCCGGCUCCCCGUAUCUCUCCCAUCGUUGUCGAGCCAUACAAUGCUGUGCUUACUACUCAUGGCAGUAUUGAAUUGGAGGAUGUUUGCUUCGUUAUGGAUAAUGAAGCUGUAUAUGAUAUUUUAGAUCGGAAGUUAGACGUCCCCAGGCCUACCUAUACGAACCCUAAUAGACUGUUAGGACAAGUUGUAUCUGCAGUGACCGCUUCCUUAAGAUUCGAAGGCUCCGUAAAUGUUAGUCUGGAAGAGUUUCAAACCAAUCUGGUGCCCUACCCUAGAAUCCAUUUUCCUCUUAUAACCUAUGCCCCGUUUGUCCCAGCUAAUAAAGCUAUGCACGAGCAGCUAUCAGUGGCACAGUUAACGAACUCUUGUUUUGAACCAGCUAAUCAAAUGGUGAAAUGUGAUCCCAGGCAGGGCAAGUACAUGUCUUGUUGCCUUUUGUUUCGGGGAGAUGUGCCCCCUACAGACGUAAACAAUGCCAUAAAUAGUAUUAAAAGCAAAAGAUCUAUUCAGUUUGUGGAUUGGUCACCUACUGGGUUUAAAAUUGGAAUAAACUAUAUGCCACCCGCUACAGUACCAGGAGGUGAUUUGGCAGCAGUGACUAGAGCAGUUACGAUGCUUUCCAAUACGACGGCAAUUCGAGAACCCUGGGAACGAAUAUUAAGAAAGUUCGACUUGAUGUAUAGGAAACGCGCCUUUGUGCAUCAUUAUGUUGGCGAGGGAAUGGAAGAGGCGGAAUUUGGGGAUGCAAGGGAAGAUCUAGCAGCCUUGAUUUUAGACUAUAAAGAGGUCGAUAGUGACUAAACAUGUAUUGAGACAUUUUUCAUAUUUUUCUAAUAAAAGCUACUAUUCAGACUGUA